AAACACCUUCAGUCUUCUCAGCUUCUCUCUCUAUCUCUAUACAAUUCUAGAGAGAGAAAGUAGACAGAGAGCUUGAAGCUGCUUCAAUGGCGUUCUUAUCGUUCGUCGGUCGUGUCCUCUUCGUCUCCGUCUUCGUUCUCUCCGCUUGGCAAGAGUUUAACGAAUUUGGAGUUGAUGGUGGAUAUGCAGCCAAAGCUCUUAAACCAAAGUUCAAUGUGUUUUCAAAGCAUUUGACAACACACACAGGCUUCCAAGUGCCAGCUUUUGAGAUCAAGUUCUUGGUUGCUGGUGCUAUUGCCCUGAAAGCCCUCGGAAGCUUGCUGUUUGUUUUUGGCAGUACCCUUGGCGCUACUCUGCUGAUUCUGCACCAGUUGAUCGCCACUCCCAUCUUAUACGACUUCUACAAUUAUGACAUCGAGAAAAAGGAAUUCCUUCACCUUUUCAUCAAAUUCACACAGAGUUUGGCGUUGUUGGGGGCACUUCUGUUUUUCGUCGGGAUGAAGAAUUCCCCCCCAAGAAGAUCUUCAACAACAAAGAAGGCUGCCAAAACGAAGACCACCUAAGAGAAAAUUUACUUUGAUUUUCUUAUUUUUUGUUUCGCGGACAUUUUGAGGCAAUCUUUUGCAUGAUUUGUGUCGAGGUUUUGUUGAUUAUGCAACAUUUGUUGAGUUGGAUUUGUAGUUUAAGGAUUCAUCUUUUAUUUAAGUUAUUAUUUACUAAAGGAACACGUUUAUUACUGAAACAAAA